AUGGACUUGGAACAUGAAAAUGGAAGCAUUACAAAUGUAGAGCAAAUUGAUAAUGGAAGCGGAAGCAUUUGUCUUUUUGAAAUUUCAUCAGAUUCAGUUGCUGAGAGCCAAAGGGCUGAGCAAUCACAACCACUACUUGAGACAUCCGAUGACACUACAAGCAUUAGUCCCCUAGAUACUCAAUUAGAUUUUAUACUAGAUGUAAGUGGAAGUAAUAAGAAAUUAUUAGGGGAACAUGAUGAGAGUGAUAGAAAUGAGUACUUAACACCGCACAUAAUGUCUUCAUCAACACCAUCAUCGUCAUCGUCAUCGUCCUCGUCAUCGUCAUCCUCACCAUCACCGUCAUCCUCACCAUCACCAUCACCAUCGUCAUCAUCAUCAAACUUGGCAAUAGAUCUUUUACCGGUAGACACAAAUGAAUGUAGCAAGUCUGACGAACAAGAUGUUGGUAGUGAAUCAAUACAAGAAGAUGAUGAAGUCAGCAUUUCCAGUGGUGGCUCUUCAAAAUCUGAGAUACAAGGCAUGAGCCCUAGGGUUCUUGUACUGAUGACACCUCAAUCUUCUUCUGAUGAUGUUAUGAUUCAUGAAUCAAAUGUUCAUGGCAUGUCAUCACCCCCAAUACAAACAAUGGAACGGUUUGGUGUAUAUGAUCCUAAAAGGAUUCCAUCUUCUGUGUUUGAAAUAAGUAAAUCCACAACGCCAAUGGAAUGGAGUGUGGCAUCCAAUGAGUCGCUGUUUAGCAUUCAUGUGGGCAAUUCUAGUUUCUCCAGAGAUAAUUUGUUUGCUUAUAAUGAUAGUGUUGCCAAAUCUGGAGAACUUACCAAAUCAGGUGAUGAAUUAGUGAUGUUCAGCCCUUGUGUUUCAGUUCCAACUCUCGAACUUAAUAGAAAAUGUUUUGAAGUGAAGAAUGAGUUUGCAGGAUCAGUUGGUGAUGGUGCAAUGAAAGAAAAAACCGUCAAGGACACUGUAAAGCCGCCGCCAACAACAGACGAUGCAAGCACGACAAAGGCACCAACAGCUCCCUUUGCAGUAUCCUCUAAUUCCUCUAGCCAUUCUCACCAUUCUGACGGGAGUGCGGCAAGCGUGCGCUCAUUUGCCUUCCCAGUGUAAGUCUUCUACAUUUCCUCUUCUUGAUGAUGUUCACAUGGAUAUUAUGUAUGCCCUGCUAUUUUCACUACUAGUGUAACUAGAUAUGCAAUAAAGAAUCGUGAAUUUCUUUUCCAACUACUA